UUCUUUUGACCUUCAGAGGGAGAGGGCGUACCAUGUUAUCUCUCCACCCAAGCCUCCACCGCCUCCUCCUCUUCCUCUUCCUCUUCCUCGCUCACACAGCUGGUACAGGGGCUGAUGAUGACGUUGGUUGCCCGGGAAGGCGCUUGCAGAACCUCGGGGGGGACAGUAUCGUUUGUGUGUGUGGGGUUAAGGGCUGCCCCCCCCUCCUGCCCCCCCUGCCCCCCUCCACCACCACAACCGCCACCACCUUCACCACCUCUCGCGGGGGGCAACGCUUCAAGGAGGGGGAGGUGAAGGUGAUGAAGGCUGAUGAUGAUGAUGAUGAUGCCCCUAACAGCAGAGGGUUGGCAACAGUGAUUGAGGUGGCGGUCGAAGCUCCGAAGCAGAUCAUGAACGGUUUCGGAGGUUCGUUGACCGACGCAGCGGCGGUCACCAUGUCCUCUCUCUCUCCCUCCUCCCUGGACGCCCUUCUGAGGGCGUACUUCUCCCCCGAGGGCCUGGAAUACACCCUAGUGCGUGUACCCAUAGGGGGAUGUGAUUUCUCUCUUACACCCUACACCUACGCCGACACCCCCCCGGUAACCCCCCCUGGGACCCCCGCUGGGACCCCCCCUAGCGGCGACUCCUUGAACUUUGCCUUGAAGGAGGAAGAUGUCAAGUAUAAGCUUCCCCUCCUCCGUCGCGCCCUGGGCAUGGGUCGGCGCCCCCCCCGGGUAAUGGCGUCCCCCUGGGGUGCUCCCGCGUGGAUGAAGACCAACAGGAAGAUUAACGAGAGUGGGCAGCUGCUAAGGGAGAUGUGGCAACCCUGGGCGGACUACCUCGUUAAGUUUAUCGAAGAAUACGAGGGGGCGGGCGUUCCUAUCUGGGGCAUUACCACGCAGAACGACGCCUUCACUGAGGAGCCGAUUGUGAGUGACCAUUAUUAUUAUUAUUAUUAUUAUUAUUAUUAUUAUUAUUAUUAGGUAACUCUCGAUUUA